AGUGGCCGAAAGCCAGAUCAACCACUGUGCCGUUGCCAUUGACAGCGGCUCCAAUGUUCUAAAAGGAGUCGAAAGACGGCCACACCUUCGCAACACCACAGCAAUCCGCAAGCUCUAUCAAGAUGGUCGUCCUUGCUGCGUCCAUCUGCACCCGCGGCGGCAAGGCCGUGCUCGCGAGGGCAUUCCACGACAUCAAGCGGUCGCGCAUCGAAGCCCUCCUGGCAUCGUUCCCCAAAGCGGCGAAUUCGGGAACGCAGCACACGACUGUCGAGCAGGACAAUGUCCGAUUCGUGUACCAGCCGCUGGAUGAGCUGUACAUGGUGCUUAUCACCAACAAGCAGUCCAACAUCCUCCAGGACAUCAACUCGCUGCACCUGUUCGCCCAGGUUGUGACUAGCACGUGCCGAAGCCUCGACGAACGGGAGAUUCUCAGGAAUGCCUAUGAGCUGAUCAGUGCAUUUGAUGAGCUGGUGACGCUUGGGUACCGAGAGAACCUGACCAUAAGCCAAAUCAAGACGUUCCUGGAGAUGGACAGUCACGAAGAGCGGAUCCAGGAGAUUAUUGCGCGGAACAAGGAGCUCGAGGCCACCGAGGAGCGCAAGCGGAAGGCCAAGCAGCUGGAGAUGCAACGCAAAGAGUCUGGGAGGAGCGGUCGGGGUGGCGGCAUGAGCAGACCGCCCGUAUACCCGACAUACACCCCGCCAGUGAGGCCCGCCGUCACCGAGACGUACGAUACCUACGAGGCCGAGAAGAACAAGUCCAAGUUCACCGCGCCAAAGGGCAAGGGCAUGCAAUUGGGCAAGAAAUCCAAGACGACGGAUAUGUUCGAGCGCGUAAAAACAGAGCUGGGCCCAGUGGAAGAUACGCCUCUCGUUCCCGUCGCCACCCCGUCUGCUGCGGAGCCGUCGUCGGCUCCUCGAGCAUCGUCGUCAUUAGACCGGGAUGCUAUCCACAUUACAAUCAACGAGGUCAUCACAGCCAAGAUCUCCAGGGAAGGCACGCUGAACUCGUUCUCUGUCAGCGGCGACCUGUCGUUGCGUGUGUCAGACCCCUCUCUGACCAAGCUCAAACUGAACCUCAACGCCACGCCGUCACAUGGCGCGCAGUUCCGGACGCAUCCCAACGUGGAUAAGAACGCAUUCAAUAGUUCCAGAGCCAUCCAAAUGGCCAACUUGGCACGGGGUUUCCCGGUGAACAAUGCCGUGGGCGUCCUCCGGUGGCGGGCGGCUCCCAAGGCGGACGACGCGAGCGUGCUCCCAAUCACCUUUACCGUCUGGGUCAACAAGGGCUCCGAGGGCAACUGCACGCUCACGAUCGAGUACGAGUUGUCUGGCAACGACACUCUCAAGGAUGUCAGCGUCGUUGUUCCGUUUAGGAGUGCAGAGCCCUCGAUUUCCAGCUUCGACGCCGUUUAUGAGGUGUCUGGUGACAGCCUGGAGUGGUCGAUCGGCACCGUCAGCGAGGACAACUCGAGCGGAGCGUUUGAGUUCGAGGCGCAGACCGAGGACGAGGACGAGUUCUUCCCGAUGCAAGUGCGGUUCACUAAGACUUCGCCGUUUGUUGAUGUCGAUGUUCAAUCGGUUGAGCUGAUUGAAAUGAACGAGGAGGUCACCUUCUCCAAGGAGAUCAAGUCGGUUGCCGAGUCCUACGUAAUCGAAUGAAGGGCAGGGGAGAAUGACUGAAGGGAUUGAUGGAUGAAUGUUAGGCGCUUAAGCGGCCGGUAUCUUGGAGCGUGGUGUGGUUAGAGGCGGCAGGAAAAAUAUCCCAUUUCUACAGUCCUAUAAUCAUGCUUCAUGUUUCGACAAUACAAUCGGAAAGUGUUUUGGUCCAUUCCCCAAGGCGGAGCCACUGCCUACAUCGUCC